GUUCCCCCACGAGCGAGCACGAGAUUAGCCGCUCAGCGGACGACCGCCCGUUCUUCUGAUUUCAAAAAGACAACUUCAGCUUCAUCUUCCAACCAGGACUCGGGGAAUUCAAUGAUCAUACGCUCUGAUGGACGGGGCUGCUGGGGCCUUUGCAGAGAGUCACAUGGAGGAAGGCAGUGCCUUUUGUGCAUUUCAAAACUCACAGAUUCUCUUGGACUUGUUAAACUCAAUUUAUUUGAAAAUGGAAAUUUGACACAAUCAUUAAAGAGAAAGAUUAAGGACACGUUAAAUUUCUUCACUCUUUUUCAUCACCUAACAGCCCAUGAUCACAUGAGCAAGCCUUCGAUGACACUGGAUUGUGGCGUCUUGGGGAAUGCUAACCUCUCUGGUGCUAAAGAAGACUUAUCAUCAGUGACGAAGGGGAAAUCUAACACUGCAGGAAACCGAUGGAAGUCGAGAACCUGGCAGGACUGAGUAUCCUGGGGAUAGAAGGAAACAUCUUAUUUCACACGGCCAGUGGACUCACAGGUAAUCCGAGAAUUCCUAGAGGUCUUCUGGCUCCCACAAGGAUUUUCCAAAGUGUGUUGGGACACAGGAGGAUUUAAAUGGUGCUAAAAACGGACGAACAAGGUAAAGGUUCAAAGGUUCAAGAGAAUGGAGUGGCUGGAGGAGUCGAAACUACUAAGAUUGAGUAUAAAGCCAAAAAAGUGGAUAUGGAUAUACCGGCCAUGUUCAUCACCAAGGCUGGCAAAAAUGGCGACAAGACCGAGGAAUCACGAGAGGCAGCAAGUGAGGAAACUGAAGUUGAUUACACACGAAAUUACUGGGAGGAUGAAGACGACAUCUACCAGGAGUUUGAAGAGUUGGACUUUGAGGCCUUGCCGGAUCGCUCGGACACACAGAGCAUCGCCUCAGACAACUCCUUCUAUCCCCAUGACAGUUCAGUCACCUCUCACCUGAGCUACUCUCUGAGCGCCGACAGUCCAGAGCCCAUCUCCUUCUUCAAGGCCUGCUGCAACAACAACGCCGUCAUCGUCAAGAUUAUGAUCAGACAAGGAGUGACCGAAGAGGAAGUAAAGGAGACGGACAGAAACAGAAGAUCUGGCUUGAUCAUGGCAUGCUACAACGGCUACGUGGACAUUGUCAUGGCUCUGUCUCAGUGCCCGCAUCUGGAUGUUAACUGGCAGGACAACGAGGGGAACACCGCUCUCAUAACUGCAGCUCAAGCAGGCCAUGCCAUCAUCUCCAACUAUCUUCUAAACUACUUUCCUGGUCUGGACAUCGAGAGGAGGAACUGUCAUGGUUUCACAGCUUUGAUGAAGGCUGCCAUGCAGGGCCGGGCUGAGUGUGUCAGAGUGAUCAUGAUGGCAGGAGGUGAUAUCCAGGCACGGGACUUUGGCCGCAAAAUGACACCCAGGGAGUGGGCACUGUUCACUGGUCGGUACGAAACAGCCUACCUGAUGAGUCGGCUGAUGUCCAGUCCCUGUGCUGAGCAGUUCUGUGACUCCUUCUCCCGGGAGUGGCCCAGGCUGGAGGAGUUGGUGGCCCAGGCCCAAGAGCCAAAGACCUGUGUGCAGCGUUUGAUCAACCUCCUCUCCUGUUGCCCUUAUAGAUUUUACAUCAACAACAAGGUUAAACCUAUGGAAGAUGGUGUUCUUCAACACAUGGUUCAGAUCACCACCAGUAUAUCCAGUCCACUAAUCGCCACAGCUUGCCGUACGGUGUGCCCGAGCAGCCCGCCCUGCAUUGGAAAGCGUCGUCCCGCGGUGCAGGAGAUCCUAAAGCGGCAACGUCUGGCAGAGCUGAAGCGCAUGGGGCCAGAGAGGCUAAACAACUACAAGAAACUUUUCCAGAACUCGCGGAUCCUCCUCAUCCCUAAGGCCAAGGAUCGAAGGGCCAGCCUCCAGCCUCAGCUGCUCAGCAGCAUGGCAGCAGCGUCCACAGUGGCCAUGAGACGAGCCAGCCUACUGCCGCUCCACAUGAUGAGGAGAAGCAGCCUGCGGCCGGGCCUAGUGGUGCCCAAGGUGAGGCUCUGCAAGGCCCCGGAUCCAAGCUACAAACCCGAAAAAAUCAGAAGGAACAGUAACCUGAACCAGCUCCAGAUACCCAAGUGGGAUUAUAAAAUGAAGAAAAUAGAGAGGAUGCGGGAGGAGGAGCGGCAAAGACUGGUACCUCUGAUUAGGAGAAGAUGAGGGGAAAAAGAAAGACAAAGGCAGACAUGACUUGAAAGAGCUCAGUGAAAAUCUUGACAUGCCUCUCACAAUGCAUGCAUGCAGGAAAAGAGACCCCACUAAAGUAAACCGACCUGCUCAUUCUCUUCUUUAAGAUUUCCUACAAUGUUGCCUUUUUUCUACUCGAAACCACGCUUACUUUUCCAGAUGGGCUUUGUGGUGGGAUGUGGGAGCACAGGAAAAACAUGGUGUACAUAUAUUUGUUAUUUCUGUUGGGAUGCUGACAAAAUUCAUUAUGUAUUAUUUUGCAUUCUAUGGAAUGUGGCAGAUUCACUCAAGUGUUUGCUUAACAGAUUGGACAAUAACUGGUUUUCCCCACCUGUAAAGGUACCCAGGGACUUUUUUGACAACUAGAGGUGCUACAGAGGAAUGUUUUAAUAUAGAUGUUUUUAUGGUUAACACAACCCACCAGUAUUGGGGUCAUUACACACAAAAAAGGUAUUAUUACACAUUACUUGUUACUUUUCCUAAAAGUAAUGCCGUACAAUAUGUAAUUACUACUUUUGCGUUAGUCUGUAACAUGACCUGAACUGCACGUCACAGUUAACUGUAUAAACCUGAGGCUACAGUCUCACACAAACCCCAGUCCUAAAGACACCAAACAUACAAUCUUUCUUUUAGUGUUACUGAUGAAUAUAAAACCAAAAUAAAACAAGCCCAAUAACACUUCAAAGUGAUCACCACAUGACUCCAAUGCUACAGGCCUGACUGCUCAUCAUCACCUGUUGCAGAUCAGGCCCUGACUGCUAGGCUGGGUUUGGCAUACGCUCGUGCAGUGUUCCAGUUGUAAAGUUGUAAAGCAAAGAAAAAUAAGAUUAGCAAGGUACAUGUAGAUCCAUUCAUGCGUCUCUAGCGGAAUACUUGUUUUUUUGCACUUAAAAACACAGCUGCUGCACAUUCAUGGAUAGGGCCUGCUCAGUGUAUCAGUGUAAAGCUUAUUUAGCAAGUCAAAAUUAUACAACAGCAGCAGGACAGAUGAAAAUCUUUACAGUUUUAUUGCUGUUUACAUUCACUGCUGCCAUCUUUGGGUUGUUAGCUCAGGGUUGGUAGAACUGCUGCGACUUUCUGAGUUGGAAAUCCUAGUUGAGGGGGUGUUCCACUUAACAAUUGUGACUGGGAACUCGGAAUUUCUGACUUAAUCUGGAACAUCACUGUGGGUUCUUGGCUAGCUUUGUGUUAGCAUGCUGUCUGUGCAGAUGCUAACAAAGAGACAGUGUUGUGUUAGCAGCAUAAUGCGGUUGUUUCUGUCCUGGAUGCAGUUUACACUUUACCAUCGUGCUCUUGUUCUUUCAUGCAAUAAAAAUAAAAGUAAUGUCCACAUCUCCACUCCGCAAAAGUUGUGGACUGCUCCACUGUGUUCCUGCUACCUGCACACGAACCAAAAUUAUAGUGAAAGUGUCGAGAAAAAUGCAUGUUUCAUGCUUUUUUUUUUAUUCUACAGUAUCUGCCCAUCGUGCAGAUAACUUAAGAACCUUUGUAAUGCAAGGAACAACGUAACUGUAACUGUAAUGUGAUUACUGAAUGUAGUACAAUAACAUGUCACUGAAAAAUGUAAUGUGAUUACACCCCCAAUACUGCAACCCACAUAUAAGUGACACAACAUAGUGCUAUCCUAUCGACACAGCACCCAUAGUUAAUGUUUAACCUUCUGAGGUCUCAGCCAUUAUAGCUGUAACUCUACCCCAAGUCUACAUUUUGGAGAAAGGCAAAACAGACUUUUGGAAGAAAUGUCAAUAGUUUGUGAUGCGUGUCAGUUUGUAAGAAUAUUUUCUUUGUUCCCUGGUUUCUAAGCCUUCGGAUUUACAAGCAAUUUAAUUAAAAAAGACAUUCUGAUUGUGUAGGGUUAGAGCUAGGUUAGAGUUGGGAUUGGUGUAGAUACCAAUAACGACUUCAGAGGAUUAAACAAACUUAAAGUGGUAAGAGAAGACAGAAAUUACUUAAAAACACAUAAGAAUAAGGGUUUUGGGGGAGACAAAAAAAAAAAAAAAACAGCAACAAAAUGAGAGAUGGCAACACCUUUUGGCUAGUGAGGGGUCUGUCUUGAAACCUAAAGCCUCAUAUUUCAUCUUGGUAUUUUGACCGAUGAGUGAGGGGUGAUUCUGACUGAUAAAUGAUGGACACUGCAGGCGCACAUGGUAGCAACUUGUCAAACAUAAUGUUUGGACAUCAUGUUCUAUUCAAUGGGAUCAGACCUGAGAAUCUAAGCAGGAAAGGGUCUACUUCAGUCAUAGAUCAAGUGAGAAGUUGCCAUAAAUUUAUAUCCAAAAUAGGCCUGCCCUCAACUUUACCAUGUUUUAUCAUAUAUUUUAGUCUAAAUGGGACCAUAUUUCAGAAAAUCAAAAUACUUUUGUAGCAAAAUUAUUUGAAAGUGUGUCUGAAACCAUAACAUAAUUAGUUAAGUGUUUUCUUAGCUCACAAGUGAGAAGUAGAUUAGUUUUCCCAUAGAUUUCUAUACAAUCUGACUACUUUUUUGAAACCAGAGGAGUCACCCCCAUCUGCUAAUGAUAAUGCAAGUUAAGUCUCUUCCUCACUGGCCUUUCAGACAUGGAAGCUGUGUCCAUCUUUUACAGUCCAUGGGUCCUGCUUAUCAAAGAGGAAAAAGGCAUAAAAGAUCUGGAAAAAGUGUGCAACACAGUGGAAUCUGACAGACAUUUAUUGGAAAGGAAUAUAAAGAGGGCAGGAAUGGGGCUUUAAAAGGCAGGAAGGUGAUCCAGUUGGAGGGAUUUUAACAGGAUGGAGAGAAGAGCGCCUGCCACAGCCAAAUGAUGAUUAGUGGCUGGCUGUUACAGAUGAUAGCUGCAGACAAGGGCAGCUGAACAUGCGGGAGGAAGCCAGCAAGCCAUUUUACAUCAAUACAUAGUACAACAGGAAUUUUCAAGGAAGUGAAGAGCUUAUGAGCAGUACUCGAUAGCUGAGCUGAGAAGCCAGCUCACACAGGCUUUGUGAGGGCUUUGUGGAGAAUUUGAAAGGCAGCGCCAAAAAUAAACAGCUUAGUUCUGGACUGUGACUUGUUGACUUCCACGAGAAACACCACGAGAUAAAGCAAGUGUCCGAAUUAGUCGGGAAAAAUGGGGAAAAACGUUUUAAACUUGGCAGCUCCAUACUUCCAAGUCUGUGUGAUGCCAGAUUGUGCCCAUGUGCAGGCAGCUGUCCAGAGGAUUCGCAGUGAGCGAGUGGGGAUCAUGUCUGCUGCCUCCUGCAUGACCUGUUGGCCAUUUAAACCAUUAGUGAAAAUGUGUGACCUCCAGUGCAUACCAGAAAGGGCAACUUCAAUUUUUGGCCAGUGUUGAGGAUGUGUGAGAAAGGCUAUAAUUUACUGUCAGGUACUGUAUGUAUCUAGUACUCUGUGAGUACUGGAGGUGGUAUAAAAACCUUAGCUGUUCCUGUGUGAUUUUGUUAAGAAUGGCAGUAAUACAAAACAAAGGUGCUUUUAUGACAUAAAUACACUGAAUAAGUGUAGGAAAAAGUCUAAAGGGAAAAAAUAUGGUGGUGGACUUAAGAUGUUAAGUGCUGAUGACUUUAUUUGCCAUCUAGUCGAAACCACUGAGAACUUCAACACAUGGACAUUAACCUUGUGAGGUCUAAGCCAUGGUAUUCCUAACCCUAUAUUUUAGAAAAGAGCAAAACAGACUAUUUUGGAAAAAUGAAUAGUUAUUGAUGUCUGUCAGAAUUACUAUUUUCUUAUUAUUUUCCCUGAUUGCCAAGAAUUCAAUAGAAACAAAAAUCACAUUUCCUGAUUUCCUGGGGUUACAAUUAUGUUAGGGUUGGAAUUGUCAUUGUCAUCAAAGGGUUAAAGGAAAAAACAACCCAAAUAUCCCAGUGAGGUGCUUCAGUGUGCCUUGGUAUGGAUUAUCCAAGUCUCUGGAACUCUACUGGAGGGAUGGAACACCAUUCUUCCAAAAGACAUUUGGUGUAUUGAUGAUGGCGGAGGACAGAGUUGGGUAGUGAUCUGGUGACUGAAAAUGACGUGAAUCAUUUUGCUCUGGCCUUCACGACCUCAUCAGAUCCCUGUGGAUGCAGUAUUGUUAUCCUGGUAAAGAAUACUUCAGUGAAGAUAAAUCAGUGCUGUGGUUAAAGCCUCAGUCACACUGCAGAGAAACAGGAUCACAACCUUGUGACUAGGAAAAAUUUGGUGGUUGUCAAGUGAUUGUUGCAUUCAGUUUUUUGCUCUCAGUGACCAAUCGCAAAUAGCUGUGGUGAUCAACUGGUCACCCAGAGGUCGAGCAUGCAGCACCCUCAACCUCUGGGUGACCCUUUUUGAUUGUAAGGUGAUUACAGUGGGUCAGAAUAAUUUUAGUGUGACUAACAUAAUGGUCAGGUUUUUCCUUUGUCACCGUUCUAUAUAUAGUGCUGUGAAAAAGUAUUCCUGAUUUCUUAGUUUUUUUUAUAUUUGUCACACUUAAAUGUUUCAGCUCAUCAAACAAAUUUUAAUAUUACACAAAGAUAAACCUCAGUUUUUAAAUUAUUUCAUUUAUUAAGGGAAAAAGGUUAUCCAAAGCUAUCUGGCCCUGUGUGAAAAAGUAAUUGCCCCCUAAACUUAAUAACCAGUUUAAGGUCAUGCCAAAGCACCUCAGUCUGCUUUAAAUCUGGACUUUAAUGAGGCCACUCCAAAACCUUCAGUGUUUUUUUUUUUUCUUUUAGCCAUUCAGAUGUGGACUUGCUGGUGUGUUUCAGAUCAUUGUCUUGCUGCAUAACCCAAAUGCAUUUGAGCUUCAACCACGAGCUGAUGGCUGGAGAAUUCUCCUUCAGGAUUUUCUGGUAGACAGCAAAGUCAUGGAUCCAUCAAUUACUGCAAGUUGUCCAGAUCCUAGAGCAGCCCCAGGCCAUCACACUACCACCACCACAUUUGACUGUUGGUAUGAUGUUCUUUUUUAUGAAGUGCUGUUAGUUUUAUGCCAGAUGUAACAGGACUCAAACCUUGCAAAAAAGUUCAACUUUUGUCUCAUCAGUCCACAGAAUAUUUCCCAAAAGUUUUGGGGAUCAUCAAGAUGUUUUUGGCAAAUGUGAGAGGAGUCUUUGUGUUGUUUGGUCAGCAGUGGUUUUCACCUUAGAACUCUCUCCUGGACGCCAUCUUUGCCCAGUCUCUUUCUUAUUGUUGUUGAUGAAUCAUCCACUCUGACCUCAACUGAGGCAAGUGAGGCCUGCGGUUCUAAAGAUGUUGUUCUGGGUUCUUUUGGGACCUCCUGGAUGAUUCAUUAAUGCGCUCUCAGAGUAAUUUGGGUACUUGGUAAUUUGGUCAACCACUCUUGGGAAGGUUCGCCACAGUUUCUAGUCUUCUCCAUUUGUGGGAAACAGCUCGAACUGUGGUUCACUGGAGUCCCAAAGCCUUAGAAAUGUCUUUGUAACCCUUUCCAGACUGAUAGAUGUCAGUGACUUUGUUUCUCAGCUGUUUCUUUAGAUCCUGGCAUGAUUUUGAGAUCUUUCACUUGGGUUAUCUUUGUCUAUUAUUAUAAUUUGUUUGAUAAUAUAAAACAUUUAAGUGUGACAAAUAUGCCACAGAAAAAUAUCAGGAAGGGGGUAAAUACUUUUUCAUGGCACUGUGAAGUUCAAAAAAUAGCUCUUUAUUUGCCUGUUUGUGUCUUUGUGAGUAAAUCAAGAAAAUCAGAAGUUUAUAAAUAUACAAAUAUUUUAUAUUUUGAAAAUACUGUGUUCCUGUGUUUGAGGAAAGGGGCCUCUAAGACUUUAGGGAGAGCGCUGAGAUAUUUUCUACUCCGAGCCUACAUUCUGUACAGUGAAGGUCCGAACACAAUGACCAAGACAUAUUUUUGAGUGGACUUGACUUAUGCCUGUCAGUGUCUGAUCUUAAAAUGCAUAGGUACUAGCAGACAAAAAAAAAAAAAAAUUAAAGUCUGGCAGUGAGCUGUGCAGAGCAGAUUUAUUACAGUCAUGUACAGCUGCGAGGCAGGACAAAUUCUGCUAAAUACCUCUUUAAUAUUUAAUCUGUCGUGUACUUCGGUAAGAUGCAAGUUGGAGCCAGUAAAACAUGAAAUACCAAAGGGAUGACUGAGCAGAGUACUCUUUUUUUUUUUUUUUCUCUCUCUAAUUUGAUUGGCUUGUUGAAGGCAGGACUGAACCAUGAUACUCAGCGGUACUGGAGACAGUUGAGGCCUCUCUCCAUGGACCUUUUUAACUGCUAAAAAUGGGAAUUCAUAACCAAACACAACCAUUUUGCGCUGGGGACACAUCACCUUGACAGGAAACUGAAACAACACUUGAGUGGGAUUUAAAAACAGCAGUGGAUAAAACUUGAGGCUUCUGGAGACUCGGAGGACGAGAAAAUUGAAAUUCACAUAGUCACUAAACACACAGUAACAGUUCUGAUGCAGGUACUGAAACUCUUAUUUUGUACAUUCAUUUGCUGUUGUAUGUGUGUAACUACAUGUUUCCUUUGACUGAUCUAAUGAUUCAUAUUUGAUAUGUAAAGCUGAGCUACAUUAAAGGAUUUGUAUAUGAA